UUGAUCCAGCGUCCCCAGAAGCCCAUCGCACUGUCCUCUGCGAAACGCAUGUCCGGGCUGGCAGACGAUGGGGAACAAGCAGAUUUGGCUUGCACGAGAGUUUUCGGUAGCUUCUCCAGUUCUCCAGGGGCCCCGGUUUCUUGAGCUUAGAUUGAAUUCGUUGCGAAACCUUCGCGGGAGAUCCCCAGCAGAUCCAGAACGCACGUUAAUAUAAUGACGACUAUACCGGUCCAGCAAUGGCGCGCCUGCAGCCGUUUCAUUCUGCUUCUCAUCUGAUGGCCCGUAGACAUCCGGAAAGAGAGGUCCAGACAAGGUCAGACAGGAUCAGACAGCCCAGCGUAAAUUGUCCGACAGCAGAGCAUCGCGCGGUCAUCCCGGUGCUGAUUACUAGCAGGUGGCGCAGAGGACUUUUAGGUAGAGGCGUAGGUUUGGCGCGUGCUUGUUGGAACUCAAUUGAAAGCACGGUCCCAAUUGAAAAGGUUAUCGGCAAAGGAACAACAGCAAGCGUGAACCUUGAAGCCAACAAGCAGUGUUCUUAUAGAAACCCUCCAUGUCCAUCAAUGUUUCAGGGCAGAUCGGAGUCAGUAGGACCUAGUCGGGAAUCAUCUUCUGCCAUCCUUUCUGGGGGAUGGACGGCCAUCAGUAAUACGAUCAAUUCCUCCUACAGCCUCGAAUCCCGGCCUGAACCGUGGUUUCUGAUUAAUGAGACAGUGCUUUCGGCGUCGGGCGGUGCUGCGGUCAAUAAUGAGACUAGGCCUACUUCACAUCCGACAUCGAAGAAUACGUCGGGCAACUUCCAUCGGGUAGGUAGCAGGCAAGUGUUGCGAGCGACAGGUCGAAAGCACUCACAGGUCCAAAUCGUCUCUAUCGGCCGGCAGACAAGUCACGUUCGGAAUCUCUGAGGGAUGGAGAGGUCAGUGGCUGAAGAACGGUGCACUGUUCAGUUCUCAGGCGGCCAAUUCGCACAGCUGCCAUCAACUUCAUCUCUGGUAGACUACUUA